AUGUCACCAACACCGCACCUCGACGCCCUGAACCGCGACGGCUACGUCCUAAUCAAAUCUCUGUUCAGCGCGGAACAGGUCUCCCACCUUCAGACCAUCGCCUCGCAAGCCACGCAGCUCGCGCGAAGCGGCCAAUGGCCCCACAUCCGGACCUUUGGCAAGCAGUUUCCCCCAUGGCCAUCCACGCCGGGCGAGAAGGGAAUCUGGGGCGUCCAGCACCUCAUGAACCCCUCUCUCCCCGGUGCUGACGAGUUUGCCAAGGUGUACUUUUCGGAGGAGAUACUCGGCGUCGUGCGGGAGCUGCUCGGCUGCCGAGACGAGGACCUGGUCAUGGAGCUCUUCAACAUGCUCGUCCGGCCCGAGGAGGAUUUCGAGCUACGCUGGCACCGGGACGAUAUCCCCGCCACGGCCACGGCGGACGAGGAGAUGGUUCGGCUCAAGGAACCGGCGUUCCACGCGCAGUACAACUUUGCGCUGUACGAGGACGCGUCUCUGUUUCUCGUGCCGGGGUCCCAUCUGCGCGCGCGGACCGACACGGAGCGCACCGCUUCGCCGUUUGAGAAGAACAUUCCGGGUCAGAUUGUUGUCACGCUCGAGCCGGGCGAUAUCGCGUUCUACAACAACAAUAUCCUGCACAGGGGCGCUUACGACAGCACCAAGGAGAGAAUGACGCUGCACGGGUCGGUGGGGCACGUGAAAGGGAGCACGUUGCGGGCCAGGAACGUGCUGCAGCAUGGCGUUGGGGAAUGGGUCCGUCAGUGUGAUCUGAGCAAGCUGGAGGGCCACGAAAGGGAGCGUGCCGAGGCGAUGAGGGAGAGGUUGGUGAAGAUGGGGUCUGGGGAGGAAGUAGGCUACUCGCUCGAUGGUUGA